UUGACUUGACCCAGUCAUCCCCAUCUCCAGCUCAGAACCCACUCUUGCCCAAAUCCACUUCCUUUCCUCUCGCAGACCUCGUCGUCGCACAGCAAGCUUGUCCCCUCGCCUCGAGUUCAAGCAACUCUCCCCAUCCCCCAGGGCACGAAAAGAAACCCAGGUCGCAAGCAAACACACAAGCGCCCUCUAGCUCAACUGACAAUUGUUGCCUGCACAAGGCCGCAAACAAACCCUUAGUUCUCAUCCUCUCAAGUCUCAACUGCUGCUGAAGACGUCCUAAGCCUCUCCCCCUGCCCGGCCAGCCUGGCUUGCUCGCCGCGUGAGUUUCGGACCAGACCCAGAGACAAGUCGCCCUCUCUGGUCUCCCAAGUUCCGCACCAGGAACCAUUCGACAACCCGACAACGACACAUCCGGACUCGACUCUCUCCACUAUGCUGUCCCAUCCGCCCCCGAGCGGUCUUCAGGCCAGGCAACGGUUACACCGACGCCAGAAUUCGACACCCACGGCCUUUGAAGCGACAAAGAUCGCCAGCAAACUGCCGCAACACGACAACAGCACAUUCGGCGGCGCGCAUCCGUCCCAGGCGCAGUCCGUCCGCCAAAGGAUGGCCCACCGCCGUGGCAUGAGCCUGGACACUCGGCGACAACAGAUGCGCGCCUCCCUUGCGGCAGCACCAUCGACAUCAUCAACAACACCCAGACAGGAUCAAUUUCCCAUGGUAAGUAACAAUACUAACAACACAGGAUACAACCACCCACAGCAUGUGCUGCGAGAAGCGCAGCAGCAACGUACAGCAGGCCCGGGCUACAGACAUCCGCUUUCGACGCCAAAUUCAGCAGCAGUUUCUCCGCAAUUUGCGGACUUGAGCAGUGAUGAGAACUACUUACUAUCCCCUCACGGGACACCACAGCGUUUCGAUGGCCAUCGGUAUGGCGCGUUCCAAGAGAGCCCCAUGCAAAGCCCCAUGGGCAUGUAUAAUGCGCCAAACAGUAUGAUGAACGCGCCUCAAGACUUCGAGCUCUUCCCAUCGAGCGCGCUGUCCUCGCCGACGUUUGUCAACAUUCAAGAGAGCCCUUCAGCUGGUCCGGGGUGGCUCUCGGACAGCGAGAACACAGUUUCGCGCCGGGGGUCCCGAAGGAUCAGCAACGGUAUUCUGGACAGAGUGGCCAAAUUUGAGACGAUGGCGUCAGAAGACCCAUUGAGGCCACUCACACCCUCACAACAAAAGCCUGAAGAUUACUUCCCCCUUACUCCUAUGGGCACGCCCUUGGAGGGGACCGUCCGCGCCAGCCAACAACCACAGCGGUUCGCGGCAGACUAUGACGACUCCAUGGAGGAAACCCUGAAGCCGACAAGAAGAUCCAACCAAAGACCCAGGACCACCUUUGACGAUAUGCGACAAGCUGCCGAGACCCAAGAGCUUCCCACAAUGCACCAGCAGACUUCUGACAUGGCAAUGCUCGGUUCAUUCGGCCAGCCGUCAACAAUGGUGUCGGAAAUGGACAACCUGAGAGCUCAAGCCCAAUUCGCCAUGGCGAGCAACUCCUUGGCGUCUACGCCAGAUCUCUCCCUGCAGACUUCCCCCAUCACUCCUCACAUGCCCGAGUACACGCAUAACUUUGACUUCAAGCCAGAGUUGCACCAUGGCGUUUUCGAGUCCGGACUUGUUCAGGACCCAUCGAGCAGCGAGUCCCAGUCAAGACGCAACUCUCCACACCGGAGAACCGAAUCCAUUGCAAGCUUGGCCAGCGCAGCAAGCAUUGCCAGCCUUGACAUCGAGAAGACCAAGACCGAGACCGGUAUCUCGCAGGAUGAGAUCAACAAGUACAUCGAGGGCCCAGAUCCGAACGACAACAAGUGGACGUGCACUUUCGAGGACUGCAACAAGAAGUUUGGCCGCAAGGAAAACAUCAAGUCGCACGUACAAACCCAUCUCAACGACCGCCAGUAUGUUUGUCCGCACUGCAGCAAGUGCUUCGUCCGCCAGCACGACCUCAAACGCCAUGCCAAGAUCCACACUGGAAUCAAGCCCUACCCUUGCGAGUGCGGCAACAGCUUCGCUCGCCACGAUGCUUUGACUCGCCACAAGCAACGUGGCAUGUGCAUUGGAGCUUUCGAUGGCGUGGUCCGCAAGUUUGUCAAGCGUGGCCGCCCGAGGAAGAAUCGGACUGACACGGACGAUCGCAAGGACAACAAGGCUCGCACCAGGAGAAAGAAUCAGUCUAUAUCCUCUACCUCGUCGCAAUCCGGUUACUCGGACAGCUCCGCCGUCAACUCACCAGAGAACAACCCGGGCAGUUUCGAUAUGCUGGAAAACAUCAUGGAUGUUUCGCUCGGUGGCACCAUGACAAGUCCUAUUGGUCUACAUGGUGCGACCUCUUCCUCUGCUCCGAUGCCUUGUCUUUCGGUCGACUUGUCAGUGGAAGGACACUCGCCUUCAGCAGACAGUGUCCACACCUACGUCUCUCAGUUAUCGCACAUGUCGAUCCACCCCCAAGACUUGCUCAGCGAGCAUAGCGUGUCACAUCCGGCGUCGCCUGCCAAGAGCAUUGCGAGCCAAUUCAACGAGCUGCCUGAGCUCUCUCAAUCGUCCUCUCCACCGCCAUCAUGCACUCCAUUCUUCGAUCUCCAACCCAGCUCAAGCGCUGGAGACAUCAUGAUAAGCUCUGGCAUCGACAUGUCGGGCAUCCCGUCACUGGCCGGGCCCGACGACCACGAUGAUGACAUUCUCCUGCAGUUCACACACAGCGACAGCGUCUUGAUGCUCGGCGCUGAGAGCAAGUUCGACGAUGCCUUCGAUAACAGCUCUGAGUUGUUCUCAUCAAACGCCGACUUGUUCUUUGGCACUAACUGAGGCGAGUUUGAGCAAGCGAAGUUCUGUGACAAUGCACUCAUGGGAGCCGUGCACCACUGUUUUUGCUCAUGAUUGCGUUUUUCCGCGACUUGUACGGAUAAGAGUUAUGAAUCUUACGACCUUGGGCUUGGGUUCGCUUUUGUUUUUGGGAGCGAUGCAAGUGUUUUCAUCUUCGGGCGUUUACUAUGGGCUCGGGGGUAGAACAUUUAUGGGUUAUUGGGGGUAUUUAUUCUAAUUUUGCGAACAUUCGCCGGUUGUUGCUUUCAAUACCUUUCACGCAAGAGGUUCACAUCUAGGGAUAAUUGGCGCUAGCUUGCAGUUAUUUGAAUACAAAAGCUUCAGGAUUCUUCAGU